ACAAGCAUUCUUUUUCAUUGAAACCCAUAUCUACAGCGCGCGAAACAUAGUUUCCUAUCAUAGACUGCUGUCUGAUGAAAAUACAUGGCUGUAGUUUGAGUAGCAUUGCAAGAUGAGACCCAACAAUGCCACAACUUUCCAAAGAGACAACAGGGGACCAAAAGAGAGCAGGGGUGCAUGCAAGGUGCAGAUAGAGGAAAAGCCCAAAAGGAGAGUUACCUCAGAGAUUAUGCUUAGGGGCAUGAAGGGGAAUUUAGCAGUGAGAUGUUGUUGAGAGAGCAGGGACCAGCCUAACUAAGUUGACUCUGUAAUAUUCCUUUUGCACAAAAAGAUAGGAAUUUUGUUAUCAGAGGAAUAGCAUAAAUAAGCAUGUAAAUAAGCCAGAAUCAGGAAUGGAAUAGUUCUUUCUUCUUCUUCUUCUAUGGAGGCCCUGGUCCUCGAAACCAGAUUUUGUUCUAUCCAACGUCGACGACAAAAACAAAAACACCAACAUUUUUAUCGUUUCACUUGCGAACUAGAUUACGUUCUUUUUCUUUCUUUCUUUAAAUUAUUUUUACUUCAAUUUAGUUAUCAGUUUUCGUACGCUCUCUGUUUCCUCGAAAAGCAUGAUUUUUUCAAGGAUUGCACGCUCCGUUUCGAGUUCGUCUCGCGCUAGAAAUUUAUUACACGGUGAUGGGAGAUUGGGAACCCAUGUCGGAUCACCACGGACGAAUGCGUGUUCUGAAGGAGCCGAAGGGGUAUUAGGGUUUGUUAGGGGCUACGUGUCUUCUGCCAGAGCUCUCAGUAAUGGCUUCGUUUCCAAUUUGCCUGAUUUUAAAUCUGUUGCAGCAAACCCUACGAUUCGCCGAUUGUUUUGCAGCAAAGCUCCAAAGAAGGAGAAUAACUCGAAUGCAAACACAGAGGAUAGUGGAAAUUUUCAGGAAGCUUUCAUAAAGCAAGUUAAAUAUCUAGUCACCCCAUUAUUGUUGAUGGGGCUAUUUCUUACAUCCUUUUCGUUUGGUCCUCCUGAACAGAACCAGAUUAGCUUUCAGGAGUUUAAAAACAAGCUUUUGGAACCAGGAUUAGUAGACCAUAUUGUUGUCUCAAAUAAAUCAGUUGCCAAAGUAUAUGUAAGGAACACUCCCCUCAACCAAACAGAUAAUGAAGUAGCCCAAGGGACCCAACCUGCAAUUGGAUCUGGAGGCCAGUAUAAAUAUUAUUUCAAUAUUGGAAGUGUUGAGUCUUUUGAGGAGAAGCUAGAGGAAGCGCAAGAAGCUCUGGGCAUUUACUCUCAUGAUUUUGUGCCUGUCACAUAUUCUUUUGAACUGGGGUACCGGGAAUGGAUUGCGUUGGCUUCAAUACUGUUGUUUUUGGGAUUUGUCACAUAUAUAAGCUUUUAAAUUUAGACACAUGAUAUCUUUUUUCACUAAUCUAUUGUAAAGUAAAUAGUUUUAUUUGGUAUCAUAUUUCUUUUUAGAUGGUUUUA